AUGGAAGCCGAUCAUCCCAGCUCCGACGAGCCCGAGACGGCCGUGCCCGGAGAAAGGGGUGGCUCGAGCACUCGCACCCGGUCCUACGACUGCACCUUCUGCAAGAGAGGCUUCUCUAAUGCCCAGGCUCUUGGAGGACACAUGAACAUCCACAGGAAGGAUAGAGCCAAGCUCAAACAGCCCUCCAAUCUAAGCCAACAAUUCCCUUUCGAUGUCUCCAACGACUUUGCUCCCUCGUAUUCUCCGACCCCUAAGAAUUACCCGUCCCAGCCGAUGCAUGGAAGCCAGGAUAGGGGGCGCAUGUCCACUUGGGCAUGGAUGGCUCCAAGUGAACAAGACAUCCCUGGAAAUAGGAUAGGUGGGCCCAGGCAGCUGUCUUUGUUUGCAGAGAGGCCAUUACGAGAAGACGGUCCGGCUUCGGCCGGCUCCGGUGAGCGACCGGAAGAUCAGGUAGAGCGGCCGGGCUUUGGAGCAGUGGCAGCGGAAUUGGACCUUGAGCUCCGACUUGGACCGGAACCGACCGAUGAUGUCCCGACGGCAGGCCUCAAGGAGUUUUUGUGA